UCCCUCUUCUUUGGUCCAAGACAAGACAAAAAAAAAAAACCCUCUUUCUCUCUCACACCCCAUCCCAUACUUCACUCAGUCACACAAAAAGGGUAAGACCCAAAACCGCUAACAAUGGUGAAGGCGAGAGGGGCAGCCAAAGAAGUAGAAGAACAAGGUUCCAACAACGUCAAUGAUGGAGCAGCAGAGUAUGAGAAGCAAAGAGCGGAGAGAAUCAGAGAGAACAAGGAGAGAAUGCAGAAACUGGGCAUUCUCGAACUUUCCAAGAAGAUCAACACUGCAAAUGCCCCUUUAAAGAAACCACCACCGAAACUCACUCCCCGAAGCAACUGUCAGCCAUUGUCACCUGACCCACCUCGCCGCUCUUUUAGGUUGAAGGAUAAGGCUCCAGUUAGUUACAAUGAACAUAGGAUUCCCAAGACAGAGAAGACGUCAACAGAGGAUGUGGAGAUUAACAUAGCAGAAGGUGAAAACCCCGAAUUCUACACAGAGGAACAAGAAAAGCUUUUAGGUGAUUGCCAGAAUGCGUGGACUCUUUAUGUUGACGGCUAUGAUGAAGAUGGCCAGCGCAUAUAUGAUCCUGGUAAUGGCAAGUCAUGCCAUCAGUGCAGGCAGAAAACUCUUGGUCAACACACUGAGUGCAGCAAGUGCAAGCUGGUUCAAGGACAGUUCUGUGGAGAUUGCCUGUGCAUGAGGUACGGGGAGAAUGUCAUUGAAGCAAGUGAAAAUCCAAACUGGAUUUGCCCUGUCUGCCGAGGAAUCUGUAAUUGCAGUCGAUGCAGGCGCGACAAGGGGUAUGCACCAACUGGUUCUAUUUAUAGAAAGGUAGUUCGUCUUGGUUACAAAUCUGUGGCACAUUACCUUGUCAAAACUCGACUGCGGAGUGACCAGAAAGACUUAAGCUCUGCGGAUUCACCUUCUGGAAAGAGUAUAUCGCCAUGUGCUGAGUUUGCGGAUACUCUUUCAACUUCUCAAAGUGACGAUAACAAAGAUUUGAAGGGGGAAGAAUGCCAUGAUGAUGAUCAAGAAGAGUCAGCAAGGGAAACAAUGAUAAAAAACAAGAACGAUCUACGCCUGACAGACUGAAAAGGAACAACCACCACAUGUAAGCUUGAGUAUCAGACUUGAUGCAGAAGCUUUAGAAAAUAUAAUAUCAACAAAAUGCAUACUUUUGAUCUACAAGGGCUAGAAGUAGUAUGUAAUCAGCUGCUCGGUUAGAAGGAUUAAGCCGUUUUUUCGCUUGGGUAUAAACAUUUUGCAAGCUUUCCAACUUCCAAGGGAGAAAAGGGCUGUUUUUUGUUAUAGUUACUCUGCAUCUUUUUUUGAUUGCUAUUAUACAUUGGGCACUAACUUAACAGUCU